AGAAGAUGCCCGCUGUGAGGCGCACAGGGAGCCGGAGCCGCUGCGGCUGUUCUGCGACGACGACCCAGACGCUGCUGUGUGGCCGGUGCCGCGCGCGGGAGCACGACGGGCACGCGGUGUACGGCGUCCAGGAGGCCGCUGGCGGCUACCGGAGGCUCUUCCAGGAGCUGCUGAACGCGUCCAGGGAGAAGCUUGGAGUAGCCGAGAGCAUGUUGGCGGACGAGCGGGACAGAAUGGCGGCGGUUCAGCCCAGACUUCCAGGUGCUGGACUUCCAUGCCCAUCUUGCGACUCAGCAUCUCUCCUUGAAUGUCCUAAGUGGCUACUCAGAAUCAAGGGAGAAGAGCAGGAUUUUAAAGAGAUGAUUGAGUCCGAAUAUAGGAUAAGGUUCCAGUUGAUGAUUGAAGAGAUGAACUUCCAGAGCCUGCAAGGGUGCUUAUUCAACCUGAACGUGAGGGAAAACGGUCUGAACCAACUGAUGGAGUUUGCCACAGAGCUGAAGGAAAAGUCCCAGGAGACGCUACAGAGACUGAAUGUUUUGGGGAAAGAGAACAUGAAUAAACUGAAGGAGAGUGAAGUCAGGCUUUCUGAACAGAUCUGCGGCCUCCAAAGGAUCAUUGCAGAGCUAGAGAAGAAGUGCGGGGACUAUACCUUAGCAUUGCUCCAGAACGCGAGAUAUUCUGUGGAAAGGAGCGAGUCCCUACUACGACAGUGUCUGGAGCCAGCCCAAAUCACGGACCUGAGUCUGUGCCUAGUCACAGGCAUGAGCAGAACGCUCAGCAUUCUCCAGAGAGCUGUCACUUUGGAUCCUAAAACAGCUCAUCCCUGUCUGGUCUUAUCUGAGGAUCUGAGAAGUGUGAGUCUCAGAAAUGUCCAGCAGGACAUUCCUGGCAGCCCGGGGAGAUUUGUCUUCGGUGCCACUGUUUUGGGUGUGGAGGGUUUCACCUCAGGGAGGCACUACUGGGAGGUAGACGUGGAAAAGGCGACCAAGUGGCAGUUGGGGAUAUCUGAAGACUCUGCCAGGAGCGACGGUGGCCUUCCUGCUGCUUCCAGAGAGAAAUUCUUACUCACAGGUUCUCUGAUGGGAACCGAUUAUACGUUCUGGGUCUUUCCCCCUCUGAAAAGGGUCUUCUUGAGAGGAGAGCAGAUGCACAAAGUUGGAGUCUUCCUAGACCGCGAGUAUGGGCAGGUAGCCUUCUAUGAUGUGACAAACAGAUCCCUCAUUUAUAAUUUCUCUUCCCUCGCCUUCCGGGGCGCUGUCAAGCCCAUAUUUUCUCUCUGUUUCCCAAGUGGAGGCGCAAGUUCAGACUCGCUCAGCGUUUGCUUUCCUCAUGUUUCUCCUUGUGAUGUUAAUGUUAGCCCAUAGUCUUCCUCAGCGUGAAAUCUAUGACCACA